AUGACGCAGCGCAUCCGGAAGAAAACCCCUCUCCCUCCCUCGGAAUCCGCAUCUCUCAGCGGUAUACUGAGAGCUGCGAAUAAAUCUUCGAAAGAUAAAGUCGGGAUCUCAGAUCGGAGGAGUGAGGAUAACAUACUCAGUUACAUCAAAUGCAUCAUGUACACCUUCGGCGAUGUCCAGGAACCGCUGGAUACGACAGCGAAGGCUGUUUCGGACGGAUUGUUCACACAGAUGAAGCUUGUGUAUCGGAUUGCCGCGGCGGCACAGGAUCUUCGGAGAAAGAACAAAGAAGAUUCGGUCAUUGAAGUCAUCGACGUGGUUUCAGCUUACAGUCACAACUUCCCCUUACUCUUCAGAGUCUACAAGAGACUUCUGAAUAGAUCGGAAGCGAGAAAAGCUACCAGGGACAUCCUGCAAAGUGGCGUGGGCGAUAAAGUUUUAGGUGAAUUGAAGGACGCCCUGGAACAAGUCCACUCGGGCCACUCGGACGAGCUUUCCGAUCCCGCCCUCGUCGAUCCUCUUUAUCAGAAUCGCCUCGUGAAAAUGGACGAGAGGACGCGGGAAAUGGAUCAGAAGGAGUACCUCUCGUUCCACAAAGCUCGUUCGACUUCGUUCUCGUCAUCGGCUCCGGCGAGGAGAAUGUUCCUGGAUUUGCUCACGAAGAAUCGCUGCGCCUCGAAUUUGAGUCCGUCAGCGAUUGAGCUCUUGACGACGAUCGCCUACGAGAUCUCGGCGAGAAUCUCGGAGGUUGCCGUCCAAAUUCGCGCCGGACGCGAGAAGCCUUCCCCGAAAUUUAGUAAGCCCAAAUUUCGGAACCCGAUUUUCUGCGAGGGGGGUCCCAAUACGCAGGAGCUGAUUCCGCAGAUCUUGUUGAGACGAUACAAUCAGUACGGGUUGGACCCGGACGAUAUACGCCAGGCGGUACAGAAACUCAUGGAAGAAACUUCAUCUUCCGCAUCACAUCCGAUAAAAGACAUGAGGAAUGUUCGGCUGUUCUAA